AUGUCCCCAACGCUGCCUGCCCUCUUCUGCCUUGGACUGUGUCUGGGGAAGGCGAUGCAAGCUCAGAACGGCCCACUGCCCAAGCCCUCCCUCCAGGCCCUGCCCAGCUCCCUUGUGCCCCUGGGGAAGCCGGUGACCAUCCGCUGCCUGGGGCCUCUGGGUGUGGACUUGUACCGCCUGGAGAAACUGAGAUCCGGGAAGUAUAUGGACCAGGCCGUCCUCGUCAUUCCGGCCAUGACGAGAGAGCACGCCGCACGCUACCGCUGCUCCUACCAGAAUGGGAGCCUCUGGUCACCCCCCAGCGACCAGCUGGAGCUGAUUGCUACUGGAGUUUUCGCCAAGCCCUCGCUCUCAGCCCAGCCCAGCCCAGCGGUGUCCCCAGGAGGGGACGUGACCCUGCAGUGUCAGAGCCAAUACGGUUUUGACCAAUUUGCUCUGUACAAGGAGGGGGACACUGGGCCCUACAAGGGACCAGAGCGGUGGUACCGGGCUGAUUUCCCCAUCGUCACAGUGACUGCUGCCCACAGCGGAACCUACCGAUGCUACAGCUUUUCCAGUGCAUCCCCGUACCUGUGGUCAGCCCCCAGCAAUCCCUUGGACCUUGUGGUCACAGGGACCUCUGUGACCUCCACCCGGUUGCCCACAAAACCACCUUCCUCCAUAACAGAAUUCCCAGAAGCCUCCAGGAAACUGAACAUCUCAUUCGUAAACAAAGUCUCCACAACGAAGCCUUCUAGGAAUAUCACCGUCUCCCCAAAGGGGUCAGACUCUCCAACUGGUCUUGCCCACCAGCACUACACUAAGGGCAAUCUGGUCCGGAUAUGCCUUGGGGUGGUGAUUCUAAUACUCUUGGUGGGGUUUCUGGCAGAAGAUUGGCACAGCCGAAGGAAACCCCUGGUGCACCGGGUCAGAGCUGUCCACAGGCCACUCCCACCCCUCCCACGGACACAGAAAUCACUUGGUUGUCAGGAAUGGGGUCGACCAGAUGGUCAUAAACCUGGGUGCCACCAUUAG